AUGGGGACUCGACGAUACGUCACAAGUCACAAUGCUAUCUGCGAGGACAACGACGAUGAGGCACUGAGCUGCCACUGCGGAUCAGCAGCAUCGGCGUAGCAAUGCGCGAUGUCCCAACAUGAGUUGCUGCUGGGGCGUGCUUUGAGGGAGGAAAGAACGGGAGACAACAACGAGAAGAAGAAGGUGGAAGCCGCAAGCUGCCACGGAGUCGGAGGUAGCGAACGCCGCAUUGUCACACUGCAGGGCUUUGGAGGGGGGGGCUUGGAAGGGGGGGGUUUCCUUGGGGCCUUUUGGGCCGGCCGGGUCUCCGGCCGAGACAAUAGCUUCGUUCCGGGGCGAAUCGCCGCAAUACAUACGGCAAGCGAUGGCGACGGCUGGAAGGCAAACAGCGGUGCGGACCCUAAUCUAGAGGCGCCCCCUGAGCAUCCUUGGUGCCAUAGGCGCGGCAGAGUUACCGCCUUUCUAUCUUCAACCUCGGCUUCGGACCAAAUCUCUCUUGUACAACCCCAGCAUGCGAAAUGGCCGGUGGUGCGGCCGAGCUACAGGCCGCCUUCUCUGAGACAUUGCGCGCAUGCGUGUAUUGAUCCCACCCAUUUCGUUUCAGGCGGCAUGGCUAGAUUCGAAGCAGUGAUGAGAAAUCGAGGCAGCAUGAUAGCUGGACGGCGUGAUGUGAGGUCCUCCUCUUCCCCACGAUGCUAACGCGAGCUGCACGCAAUUGGCAAGGGUCCCAGCCAGCCCGGUCUCCAAGGCACCCCAAAAGGCUCGGGGGGUCCAUGAUGCGCCCAGAGUACGGCCCGUUGCCGAUUCCGACCCUUCGCUCCACGCCCAGCUCGACUAGCGACGGCCCCAGUGCGGCCCCAGUGUUGCUGCAUCAUG